CUUACAUCCCUUAUUGUUACCCCCCUUGAUGUCUAUAACGAUAUACACACAUUAUAUACUUUAUACAGAUUAUAUACAUUGUCAUAGGGAUUUAUAAUAAACCUUAGGCCAGUUCAGCACAUCCUGUAUAGAAACACUUCUUCCCACACUGGACAUGACCCGGCCGCUUCCCACGACCCCCAGAGGACCCCACUACAUCUCCCAUCAUCCUGUGCUCCCCCCGGCAGCUGACAAUCAGCCCGUCCUCUCCAGCCUGUGGCUGCUGCAGGAUGCGCCCCCUCCCUGUUUGGGCCGCUCCUCCAGCGCCUCCCCCUCCUCCCAGCAGUCGAUGAGUCCGAUGCGCACAGCAGACACAUCAGCGUCCGUUAUAUGGCAGCACGCGCCGGCCAGUACCACUGACAGCCCCGGGGAGGGAGGACGCAUCGGCCGGAGGAUUGACAUCGUGUGUCCGGGACCUUUGCGCUAUCGGUGGGAGCGGAAGAUACGCGGAGAGCGGAGAUCCCGGAGCUGACCGGGGCAGUGAUGGAGCCGGCAGGGCCCGGAGAGAGGGCUCCUCCGCCGGUACCCGAAAAGAAGAAGCUAAACCGGGCACCAUCCCCGGCCCGACCCAAGGAUCUGACCGGCUGGUCCCUGUCCAAGGCGCGGAGACCGUCCCCGGUGUCCCUCAAUGUUAUUACCCCCGGACCCCGCCGAUCUCUCCCCUCACCGGGCACCAAGAAGCAGGCGGCCCCUGCUGCCCGAACCGGAGGAAAGAGUAAGGGUCCGGGGGCCCCGGGGACCAGGCGGGGGACGGACAGCAGCUCGGAGGGGUCCUGCGCCUCUGAGGAGAACAGCAGCAACCGGGAGAGCAGCGAGGAGGGAGGGGUGUCCGCCGCCUCCAGCCGCCUGCCCCUCAGCACCUCCCUGGCCUUCUCCGACCUGACCGAGGACCUGCUGGACGGGGGCACCGAGAGCCUCCUGCGGGAGAUGGACGAGCUGCGCUCCGAGAACGACUACCUGAAGGAUGAGAUCGAGGAGCUGAGAUCUGAGAUGCUGGAAAUGAGAGAUGUCUACAUGGAGGAGGACGUCUAUCAGCUCCAGGAACUCCGCCAACAGCUGGAACAAGUGCACAAGACCUGCCGAAUCCUGCAGUACAGGCUGAAGAAAGCCGAGCGCAGGGGCCUGCGGGUGGCGCAGAGCGGACAGGUGGAUAGUGAACUCGUCAGUACCCUCGAGCAAGACGUCAAGGUGGCCAAGGAUGUCUCUGUACGUCUUCACAAUGAGCUGGAAGCUGUGGAGAAGAAGAGGAUAAAGGUGGAGGAGGAAAAUGAGGAGCUGCGUCAGCGACUGAUAGAGACCGACCUAGCCAAACAAGUGCUGCAGAAUGAGAUGGACAAGCUGAAGGAGAAUUCUUUAAAAAGGAGAAGAUCAGGCAAAUUGGACAAGAAGCCAUCUCCUCAGGAGGACAACACUGACCUGAAAUGCCAACUACAUUUUGCAAAAGAAGAAUCUGCUUUAAUGUGUAAAAAGUUAUCGAAACUGGCAAAAGAAAACGACACCAUGAGAGAGGAACUGGUAAAAUACAGGUCUAUGUAUGGAGAAGUGGACAGCUCCGUAUCUGUCGAAGAGCUGGCCAACUCCCCACAUUCCAGAGAAGCGGAGCUAAAGUCCCAUCUUAAACUGGUUGAAGAAGAAGCCAACAUUUUGAGUCGAAGGAUAGUGGAGCUGGAGGUUGAGAAUCGGGGUCUAAGAGCAGAGAUGGACGAGAUGAAAGUUCAUGCCGACCGAGAACACUUGGGUCAAGAUUCCAGAUUUGCUUUUCCAGCUGGAGAGUCUGGGGACAACUUUGUGGAGCUUAGAAGACACCUUCAGUUUGUGGAAGAAGAGGCCGAUCUGCUUAGACGAUCAAUGAUGGAGCUGGAGGACCAAAAUAAACUGCUGAUGAAUGAACUAAAUAAAUAUAAGUCUGACCAUGACCUGGACAUUACGUUGUCGGAGGACAGCUGCUCCGUCAUAAGUGAACCUUCCCAAGAAGAACUCAGCACUGCCAAAAUCCAAAUCAGCGAACUUAGCGGAAAGGUCAAGAAACUUCAGUACGAGAACAGGGUCCUCCUCUCCAAUCUUCAACGCUACGACCUGGCAUCUUGUCAAACUACGAAGCCCUUGAUGGAAACUGACGCCGAAGCUGGGGACUCUGCCCAGUGUGUUCCCACAUCACUUUGGCGCGAGGGACCAAUCGGAGGGGAAACCGAUCCUACGGAAUCGAAAGAACGCGCCGGAAAGGGAAUCCUAAAAUCUCCAGAUGUUCGCAACAAUUCUCCAUCCAGGUUACCAAAGAUUAAAGAUUUAGAAAGUCUUUUCGGCAUUAAAGCACAAGUGGAGAUAAUCAGUAGAGCCAUCGAGGUGUUAACGUCCGACGCGAACGGGUUUCCCUCGGGUAUUAAGCUCUGUACGGACAACGAUUGUGGGGACCUCUUGUUGACCGAGGCCUUUGACAACAGCGAAGUAACCAGUGACUCCAAGCUGGUCACCGCAAUCCUAUCUAGACUCGUGGUGCUACAGCAGGAACUGAACUGCUUUACUAAGAAAGUCGAUGCUUUCGGAGAGUCCUGUAAGGGACCGGUGGAUUCUUUGCCGGAUAUGACCUGUCCAGGUACCUCAAAAGACUCUUCCAGGAAAGAGAACUACCCUAGUUUACAGCAGCCUGAGUGUAGGAACUGUCGAGAGAAGGAGGCAACGCGAUGGGAGAAGAGCGAAACCGAUCUUAAUAUUGACCAGACCAAGGGCCAUAAGAGCUAUCAGCCUGAAGACAAUGAUUCCUACGCUGCAGAGAUUAAAGACCUGCAACUGGUACUGUCUGACGCCAACGAGACCAUACAGGGGCUGCAGGAGCAGCUGACACAGGAAAGGCAACUACGGAAAGAAGGCGAGGAUGUCUUCAACCAGAAGAUUGCGCAGCUGAAGGACGAUCACCAGAAGCAGCUGCUCAGACGGGACUUCGAGCUCCAGAGUUUGGGCCUCCAGAGAAGGUUGGAGCAGAAGUUCUGGAGUCAGGAGAAGAAUGUUCUGGUGCAGGAGAUGCAGCAGUUUAAGCAGAGUUUCUUCCUCACCUUCAUGAAGCUCAAGUGGUUCCUGCAGCGCUGGCGGAAAGGCAAGGUCCUCCAGACGGACGGAGAAGACUUUCUGGAGGUAAAUAGUAUAAAAGAACUGUACAUGCUGAUUGAGGAGGAAGAGCUGAAUGUCCCGUCCUGUGAUGGAGAAACCUGGCCGCAGAAUAUGACCAUAGAAUCCAUGAAGACCCUCUCCGAUGUGAAGAAGACCCUGAAAGAUCUUUGCAAUGAGUUGCAGGAGGAGCGGAGAGGAAUGAAUGAGCUUCAGCAGCAGUUUGCCCGAGCAAAAGCCGCCUGGGAGAUGGAGAGGACGGAGCUCAAGCUGGAAUCGGGGAAACUCGGAGCAGAGCGGAGUUCACCAGAUAUCAAAGCGGCGUUGAAGCGGGAGAGAGAGGAUCACCAGCAUCUUCUGGCCGAAUCCUACAGCGCCGUCAUGGACCUCACCAAGCAACUGCAGGUCAGCGAGAAAAACUGGGCGCAGGAGAAGGAGGAGAUGCUGGCCCGCUUCCAGGAAGAGCGCAAGCAAACGGAAGAGCGAAUAAAAGGAUUGCGGGAUAAAGUACAACAGGAAGAAGAGGAGUCUUGGGGGAGAAGCGACCCGGAGAGGAAGAGCGGAUGCUGGAAGGAGGCUCUCAAUGACAAGAUGCAGGAUAAAGAUAUUGACUGCGACAUGGAUGCCAGUGGGACCAAUUUGAAAAGAACAAAGUCUGUGACCUCUAUGUCAGAAUUUGAAAGUUUACUCGAUUGUUCCCCUUUUCUUCCUGGACAAACGUCACUCGAUAACACCGGGAGCAACAAAGGCAUGAAAGGUUUUCUGGCUUCUCCGCUGCUAACUAAUGGUUCCAUAGACUCUGAUAUCAGUCAAAAACACUGCCCGUAUAUGAGUGAUAAAACCUUGUCUGACCACUUGGCCAAGGACAAUCUAGGGAUCUCUUCUUGGGAUUACACAUUGAGUAAGUCUGGGCACAGGGGAGAAACCGGCCACAAGCACAUACAGAGAAGUUACACUGCCCCGGACAGGACCGGCAUUAGAAUUUAUUACAGUCCACCAGUUGUGCGAAGACUAGAUGCUACUUUGGUCCAGAAUAAAGAAAAAGUUAUGGUUGAGCCAGGAUUCCUAUUCACCAUGGCAAAGCCUAAAGAUUCUGAAAAGGCAGACAAAUGGUCAGGUAAUUCCUACAGUCGAUGGUUGUGCAAUUUCUCCAAGAAGAAGCGAGACCUUUUGGACAAGGACACUGCUAAGGAAACACAAUCUUCUGUUCCUACGUUUCCAUCUUCAUUGGGCGAUUUGGAGAUCUCGGGAAACAUGAGCGACGACAUGAAGGAGAUCACCAAUUGCGUUAGGCAAGCAAUCCGCUCCGGCUCACUAGAGAGGAAAAGUAAAAGCGCUUCAAGCCAGACGGUGGGCCUUUCUACAGUGGGUGUCCAGACCGUCCAAAUGGUAAGUGUCGGUCUUCAGACUGAUCUACCCAGAACGAGUCUUCAUGCAAAGAGCUGGUCGCCAAGAAGUUCCUCCCUGCUGUCUACAAGGACCAAGCAUAUUUCCACAUCGCUGGACAAAGUCCAUUCUCGAAUUGAUCGGCCUUGCUGUUCUCCCAAGUUUGGCUCUCCCAAGUUGCAGAGAAGGUCGACCUCUAAACUAGAUAACUCUAAAGAUAGAAGCCUGUGGAAUCUCCAUCAGAACAAGCAAAAUGGAUCGGCGUGGGCACGGUCUACAACUACUCGAGACAGCCCAGUUCUCACCAACCAUUAUGACGGAUCGUCCAGCCUGUUCAAUGUAGUGGAUCAUGCCGGAAGUACAGAGUCUCUGUACAAGGCGGGUGCGACCGAAAGAAGUAAAUCAGAAGCCCCUAAAUAUGGCAUCGUGCAGGAGUUCUUCAGGAAUGUUUGUGGCCGGAGUGGUCAGAGCACUAGUGCUUGCACCGACAAGAAAGAACUGGAGGACAGUCACAAGAGAGCGGAUAGCCAUGAACAUUGCUCGUCUUCUGUGUGUCAUCCAUCCUACAAUGUAUCCAAACUGCUGAGCAAGAAGACCCCGAGACAGCACAUCGCCGAUGAACACAAGUCUUCUCCCGCAAGUCAAGGAGCGAAGGACGGAAGCUCCAAGGACCCUGACGUCAUUUCUACACCCUCAACAGAAGAUUACUCCUGUAAUUGUAACUCUCAUCCUGUAACAUCCUGCUUCUCCAGACCGUCCCGAAUCCACUCGCGCCAGACUCAGACCAGGUGCCAGCUCCACCAAGAACCGACUCCAUCUGAAGAGAAACCAGGAACGGCCGCAAUCUGAAGAUGGCGCCACUUUCCCAUCGUGCGGUUCACCGAUCCACCAUCCACUGUAUGGUUUCCUGAAGAUCCCUGUACCGUAUAGAAACUCGUUCACGCCAUCACUCUUGUACGUAGGCGCAUAGAAUAGAUUGGAAGUGACUUUAUAUCCCUGCUGGAUCCUAGUAUAGCACUUAACCCUUGAAAUCCUUGGGAGCAUACGUACCUUACGUUGGUAUGUAUGCACACACUGUAGUCUGGAUGCUGUAUGUAUAAAGGCCAAGAUUACUAGGAACUUCUUUUCUACCAUAAGGACCCACCACACAACUGUCACGGUAAUACACAAAGUUUGGCCGUUAGGUAAACGUCCACCAUUGACGCCAAACAUUCCUUUUCUUGCACAAUUGGUGUAACCAGUCCUUAGAUUUUUUUCACGUACCUUGCAGGAAAUCAGCAAUACUAUGUAGCCAUGACCAUGGGUCACGGUGACUCAAUUUUGUAGCACAGUCUGGCUGCAGAGGUAGAUUUUAUUUAUAUUUUUGUUUGUUUGUUUUUAUUUUUUUGUUUUGUUUUUUGUUUUUAAUCAAAUUAUUGGACAACACUCUUACGUGAUUUAAAAAAAAUAUUUAUUAAAUAGAAAAAAAGUAAACUAAAAUAGGCGACGCAGGAGGUAAAAUACUAAUAAACUACAGCAUUUGCGUAGCUGAAACAAAAAGUAUUUUAUUGUCAGACGGUAUCCUGGGGUUUACGCUAGUGACCGUGCGCCAGUGACGCACCUAUAUGUAGGAAAAAUAUCUCCUGAAUUGUAUUGUUUGGUUGGUUUUGCGAUUCAGAAAUACUGCCCCUAGAGGACAAAAUACUGCCGCCAUAUUGGAUAACAGAACCUGCCCUGUUCAUAAGAAUAUUCUGUAGAUAUGAAUAUUUAAGUAGAAAUUUUUGCCAUGUGUAUAUAGUGUAUAUAUACGUGUCCAUCCUCCUUGUCAUUUGGAAAUGCACUGUUUUUUAUUUUAUUUUUAAUCUUCUGGCUGAUCUAUGCUGUUGUUUAUUUUUGUUUUUUUAUAUAUAUGUUCUUUUCACCUUGGUUUUUAAUCUUCUGGCUGAUCUAUACUGUUUGUUUUAGUUUUUUUAUAUAUGUUCUUUCCACCUUGGUAUUUCCUAUUACAUAUCCGUAGAUCAGUUUGUGAAUUUUUAUAUUUACACACUUUUAUGUGGCUGUUUUUGUACUUUAUAAUGGCAUAGAUGGCUGACACAAUCUUGAGGGGUCAGAUCAGUAUGUCAUCUUUCUGUAUUAUACAUUCCUCUAUUCUGGGCACAGCUAAAGGGAUCGGUGAGAAUUAAAACACACACACAAAAAAAAAGUCUUGCUUUCUUCCAGGAAACGGUGCCCCCUCGUGCUCAUAGGCUGUGUCUGGUAUUGCAACUCUGUCCCAUACAGCAAAAUGGAGCUGAGCUGAAAUGCCAGAUACAGCUUAUGGACAAGAGUGAUGUGUUUGCUGGAAGAAAAGAAGCCAUUUUGUUUUUAAUCUGAUGCAACCGCUAAAAAAUAA